AUGGGACUAAUUGUGGUUUGUGAACUUAACCAACGAUAUUGCAAUCAGCAUGGCCCGUGUCCUGGAGUGGUUCCUACAUAUUCACCUGAAAUGGGGGAUGAUCUGGCGUUUUAUACAAGGGUGACACUUGACCAUAUUAUGAAUGAGCUAUGCAAACAAUCAGAUUGUUUAAAGGUUAUUAAUAAGAACAGAAGUUCUGAAGACCCAGCAAUUAAUUCGCUUGAGGAAUAGAAAUGUAAUCAAGAGAUAAAACGUUUAAAUGAUCUUCUGAAAAAAAAAGAUGAGCAACUGGGAGUACUUAUUGAGGAAAAUGACUGCCUGUGCGAGGCUGCUGAAAUAAGCAAAAAUAAGUUAGAUGAUUUGGAUUAUCAAGUUCAGAAACUAGACGAAGAUACUAGACAUAUGGAACAAGGCAUUGUUGAAAGCAUUGGACUUAUUCAAGACAUCGGAGAUGUAUCGCAAGAAAACGAGUGGCUGAAAGGACAAAUAAGCCAACUGAAAGAUGGCGAGGCCCGUCAACUUAUUGAUGACCUUUCCAAACAAUUGAAAGAUUGCAGGGAAGAAUCACACUUAAUGAGGGAAAUAAAUGAGGCAUUGGGGAAGACUUUGCAGGAGGUAGGAAUAGAUCCUAAAGAAAUUGAAAACAAAAUAAAACUUUUACAAAGUUCAAAACAAGAACUCCUCAAUAAGGAUCUGCCUGGAAUGGAAACAUCUUUAAAACUUACAGAACCUUCUGGCUCAAUAAAAGAAUCAGAUACAGAUUUAGGAAAAACAGUUCUGCCGAGUUUCGGAUCUAGCGGCGUGGACGAAAUACAAAAGAAAGAAAUGACUGGACCAGAAACUAUUUCAUCUGAAAUGUAUACUGAUGGGCCAGGAAAAGGAACCGGAUUUGAUUCAGACCGCGCGGCUAAAAAUAGUCCUCUUCUAGUGUCACCAUCCGGUAGAGGGGAGGAAGAAUCAUCUGGUACAGUACAUCCUGUAGCACUCGAAGGUGAAAAGAUACAAGCUGCAGGGCCUGUAUCAAAACAAAGACCUAUUGAAGAACAGGGAAGAGGAGCUGGUGUAGAACUAGGGAAAGGAAUGGGCGCAGAUAGUGGUCUAUUUAAAGCAAAUGAUUUAAUUGAGAAAACAAAAAAUGUUGCAACUGAAGGGAAAGGAAGUGUAGAGAAUGAAAAAGAAACUGGUGCCAAACAGCAAAAUCAAAGUGCAGGACAAGGAGGCGUACCUACAUAUUCCGUCCCAGAGAAACAGCUAGUAUCUGGUGCUGUACCAGAAGGCGUGCUUGGCCCUGGAAUAAUUGGGGAAAUCAGUAAGGGAAAAGUGACCGGAACUGGUGAAGAAAAUAAGUCCGCAUCUGGUGCUGUACCAGAAGGCGUGCUUGGCCCUGGAAUAAUUGGGGAAAUCAGUAAGGGAAAAGUGACCGGAACUGGUGAAGAAAAUAAGUCCGCAUCUGGUUCAAGGAAUAGAGGAUCUAAGUUGGGACCUGCUGCUCCUGGUAAAGAAUCAGAAUCCGGAAAAAAUGUAAAGCAAGCUGCUCAAUCUAAUGGAGGAAGUAAUCCUGAGGGGGCAGGUCUAGGUGAAGGAAGAGAUAUAAACACUAGAGAUCAAGGUGACAAAAAAUAUGUAACUAAUGAAGCCAAGCCUUUAACGGUUCCUAAGUCAGGCUUAGGUCAAGCGGCAGGAGCUAGUGUAGCACAGGGAAUCGGACUACCUGUAGGUCAAGAAAUGACUGAUAAUCCCAAACAAGGGGAUAUUCCUGGGACAAAACUGGGACCAAAGUCUAGGGAAGCGCAGGGACCAAUAAAAGCUACUGACCAGGGAGUAAUAUUAGGUCCCGGAGCAGUAAAGGAAGGCGUUGCGAAAUCUCGAGCCGAAUUAACUUUACCUGGAGACCAUACUGGAGGAAGUCGGCCCAUUCAACCAAAGGCGGUGAGAGGUGUAGGACUAUCAGGUCAGCAGGAAAGGUUCGAGAAAGGGACGAAAGAAGACACUGUUAGAGGAUCUAAAUUUGGGAACAAAAAUUAUAAAAAUAUAGUUGAUAAGAGUUUGACAAGUGACUCGGCUUCUAGCGCUCGGAUCAGCCAUGGCAGUAGUGUGCUUUUAAAAAUUGGGAUAAAAAACAAAAUGGGGAAACGGAUUUCAUCGCGAUGCAGAGAUGGUGGUCAAUUCGAUGCUUUUGUAAGGCACACUGUGCAAUCAUUGUCAGCAGGUGAUAUUGAUGGUUGCGCACUUGAAAGGGAAUUGCGUAAAAUUCUAGACAUGUUUAUUGAUGAAUGUGGGUUUUGUUUUUGCAAGUGUAAUGUUCCCAAAAGCCGAUUCUAUGCAAUCUGCCAUAAACUUUACCAUCAUGGGCUGCACACACUAGAUUUCAGGGAACUUGCCUAUAUGCAUAAGCGGAUAUAUGCUGCAGCGGAAAAUAUCCUGCCAGGUUGCCUGUUUAAUAUGAUAGUCAAAGAAAUGACUACUUUUAGUUCCGCCUCCACCAUUCAUGGACAGUACACUUCGACUUCAUUAAAUACUCAAAAUUUACAAAAAUGCUGUAGUUGUAAAACAACAUUGUGUUGCGAUACUAAUGAAGAAAAAUUAUUGCACAAGGUUAUACGUCUGGAAAGUGAUAUUGAGAAUGCGAAGACGUGUCUUAAAAAUCUAAAAAGUAUUCCAUCUCAUCUAUCCAUUCCGAGGUGUCGUUUUAGUUUAGAAGCUUUAUCGGAUAAAUAGAAAACUGGAAAAACACGGGAAC